UAUAACAAUUGGCAGUAUUCACAAAGCGGGUAUCCCGUUCAUUAUACUACUACAAUAAUUAAAUUUUAUAUUACUUUUUGGUAAUAAAUUUAAUUGUUCCAAUUUUGUGACCAUAUUUGAUUCUAAUCUGCAAAAUGUCGCCGAACGCCGCCGUAUUGUUUUACAUUUUGGGGAUAAUAAUUGCACUCUCCUGUUGCUCACCGCGUAAUUUUAAAAGUGUGAAAAUGCAUCCAAAAUGCGCCAGCAAAACCUUCUGUUUUGAGAGAGGAAAUUAUCCCGCACAGCUGAUCGAGGACCUGGUGAACAAGGCUAAUCUUACACAAAUUGACGGCGACAUUCCAGAGCAUCGCCAGACUUCGCAUUCCAUAGUGGAUCCUUGUGAAACAUCCAGGCCUGCCAAUAACACUAUACCUAUAUAUCAGGUCAUAGAUCUACACAAUAACGUUAGAUACGUGGUUCAGGCAACUCGCUUCAAGCAAAUUAUCCAUCUAGCGUGGUGCAAAAAUAAAGGUGAAAUUACGCGAAACAGAGCGUACGUCAACGUGAGCCAACUCGAGGCGUUAAAUUACAAAGCAUAUUGCUGCCAAUCGUAUACAAACUACCGCUUCUUGGUGCUCAGCCUGGACGGGACUAGAUUAGAAAGUGUGAAGGCCAGAAGGAUUCCCGUGAGCUGCCGAUGUAAGAUGCACCCCAUUGGAGAAGUUAUUAACCCCGAUUACUGUUGACGAUUGUAAAUAUAUUAUAGAUAUACGAAUUAAGUCCUGAGGCAACUUAUUUUUGUCAAUAAAGUUUUCUUUUUUCUAAA